AUGCCUGCCGAAAUUCACGGCAUUAAGUCGAGUCUCAUCCACGAAAAGAUCAAGCUGCUCAUCGAUGGACUGGUGAAUAUCAAGGACCAAACAGGGGAGUUUCUUCUUAAACUCGAUGAUGGCCGCGUCAUCGACACAAAGGGUUGGAACGAUUGGGAGUGGACACAUGGCGUUGGGCUGUAUGGAAUAUGGCAAUACUAUGAGCUGACUGGGGAUGAAGCUUGUCUGAAAAUCAUUGAGGAUUGGUUCCGAGACCGCUUCGCAGCCGGUGGCACAACAAAAAAUAUCAACACAAUGGCUGUCUUCCUUACUCUGGCCUUCGUAUAUGACAAAACAGGCAAUGCGACCUACCUGCCGUGGCUCGACAGUUGGGGAGAGUGGGCGUAUCAUGAUUUGGAAAGGACCAAGUACGGUGGCAUGCAACACGUCACAUACCUGAGCCUCCAUGACCAGCAGCUAUGGGAUGAUACUCUCAUGAUGACAGUCCUUCCCCUGGCCAAGAUUGGGCUCGUUCUGAACCGGCCACAUUAUGUUGCCGAGGCGACAAAGCAGUUUCUCUUGCAUAUACAGUAUCUCUUUGACACUAAGAGUGGUUUGUUCUUUCACGGGUGGACAUUUGCAGACGGGGGACACAACUUCGCAGAAGCGAGGUGGGCGAGAGGAAAUAGCUGGCUCACCAUCGCUAUUCCUGAAUUUAUUGAACUUGUAGGACUAGAUCUGAAGGAUCCUGUUGGUAGUCAUCUAAGGGACGCGUUAGCUGCGCAAUGCGAGGCUCUUCGGCCGCUGCAAACCGACUCAGGGCUGUGGCGCACGCUCUUAGAUAUCCCAGAAGACGAAGGAUCAUAUGUCGAGUCUAGUGCGACAGCUGGGUUCGCUUUUGGAAUACUCAAAGCACAGAGAAAACGAUAUAUUGGCAAAGACUUCGAGUCUGUUGCAAUCAAGGCUAUCAAGGCAGUCCUCGACAAUAUCGAUGCCAGCGGUGAAUUGCUGAACACAUCGUUUGGCACAGCCAUGGGCACGACCCUCCAGCACUAUAAGGACAUUCCUAUCACUAGCAUGCCAUAUGGGCAGGCAAUGGCCAUGAUGGCAUUGGUUGAGUUUCUGCGGGCAUAUAUCUGA